UGGGUGAUGACCAGUCCCAGCACCCUGGACACCAGAGCCCGGCACGUGCGGGAAACCUGGGCCCGACACUGCAACGUGGUGCUGUUCAUGAGCUCAGCACCAGAGCCAAGCUUCCCGGCCGUGGGGCUGCCCGUGGGGGAAGGUCGCCACCAGCUCUAUUGGAAAACCAUCCGCGCCUUCCAGUACGUGCACAAGCAUCACCUUGACCAGGCCGACUGGUUCCUCAAGGCGGACGAUGACACCUUCGUGGUGGUGGCCAACCUGCGCUGGCUCCUGGCCGGGCGCUCCCCAGAGACCCCCCUGUACCUGGGGAAGAGGUUCAAGCCCUUUGUGCGCCAGGGCUACAUGAGCGGAGGGGCCGGGUACGUGCUCA